AUGAAAUUCCUACGCUCAUUCCUUCCUUCUGCCCUGCUACUGGGUGCAAACGUGGUCAGCGCAGCUUCAUCAUGGAGUUUCGACGAUGCUGUCGUCUCAGUUACUUCCAAGAAAGCUGGAUCAACAGCAUUCAAGGACAAACUUUUCGACCAUGUUCCUCUUUCCCAAGAUGUGAAAGUCGGCGUAGACGAUAGCCUCAAGAUCAUCCUAACAGCCAAAGAAGACAGCACGCCCAAACGACCACACCAAGCUUUCCUACUCCUCCAAGACCCAGAUACUGGCCUGGAAACUACAUUUGCUUUCUCCAUGAAGGAGUCUGGCAAGGGCAAAGUAGAUUUUACACAAAAGGACAUCCCCGUCCAACUCCUCACCUCCAAGUCUCCUCUCCGCGCAACGCUCCUCCUCGGGUCCUUUGGCGUCUCCAAGCCAUUUGGAAGCCACGUCUUCAACCUCGAUGUUAGCGUCGACGCCAAUACCCCUCUCCCGAGCUACGAGAAGCCAUUGAGAUACGGAAAGCUGCCUGAGAUCAACCACAUCUUCAAAGCGGACCCCAAGAGCGGCCCAUUGAUCAUCUCGCUGUUCUUCACAGGCGCUGUUUUGGCUACUGUGCCAGUACUUCUUGGAGUUUGGUCAUACCUCGGUGCCAACCUCUCUCACCUAGGCGCAGCCACUUCUUCCGCGCCCAUCUCGCACACCCUGUUCUUCGGCUCGAUCGUGUCCAUGGAAGGCAUCUUCUUCCUGUACUACUAUAAGUGGAGUUUGUUCACGAUGCUGCCUGUUGCUGGAGUUGUGGGCCUGGUAGCGUUUUUGAGCGGGAGCAAGGCUUUGGGUGAGGUGCAGGGGCGUCGUCUUGCUGGUCAGCGGUAA